GAUGUCUUGUAUACUGUGUGCAACCCUGUUGGAAAAGUUCAGCGCAUUGUUAUAUUCAAGAGAAAUGGAAUACAAGCUAUGGUUGAGUUUGAAUCAGUGUUUUGUGCCCAGAAGGCGAAGGCUGCGCUCAAUGGAGCAGAUAUCUAUGCAGGAUGCUGCACACUAAAAAUUGAAUAUGCAAGGCCAACUCGACUUAAUGUCAUUAGAAACGACAACGAUAGUUGGGACUACACUAAACCGUAUCUGGGCCGACGAGACAGAGGGAAGGGCCGCCAGAGGCAAGCUAUUUUGGGAGAGCACCCAUCAUCAUUUAGACAUGAUGGUUAUGGGUCACAUGGUCCUUUGUUGCCCUUACCAAGCCGGUACCGAAUGGGAUCUCGGGACACUCCAGAACUUGUUGCUUAUCCGUUGCCCCAGGCAUCCUCCUCUUACAUGCAUGGUGGAAAUCCUUCUGGGUCAGUUGUCAUGGUUAGUGGGUUGCAUCAGCUAAAGAUGAACUGUUCAAGGGUCUUCAACCUGUUCUGCUUGUAUGGAAACAUUGAGAAGGUGAAAUUUAUGAAGACUAUUCCAGGAACGGCACUGGUUGAGAUGGGUGACGAGUAUGCUGUGGAAAGAGCUGUCACACAUCUCAACAAUGUCAAGUUAUUUGGAAAAAGACUUAAUGUCUGUGUUUCCAAGCAGCAUUCAGUAGUUCCAAGCCAGAUAUUUGAACUGGAGGAUGGCACGAGUAGUUACAAGGAUUUUGCAAUGAGUAAGAAUAAUCGCUUCACCAGUGCCGGCCAAGCAUCUAAGAACAUCAUCCAACCACCCUCUUGUGUGCUGCAUUAUUAUAAUGUUCCCCUGUGUGUAACUGAAGAAACAUUUGUAAAGUUAUGUGAGGAUCAUGAAGUUCUCAGCUUUAUUAAAUACAAAGUGUUUGAUCCAAAACCUUCUGCCAAAACACUGUCUGGUCUGUUGGAAUGGGAAUGUAAGACAGAUGCAGUGGAAGCUCUCACUGUACUUAAUCACUACCAGAUAAGAGUCCCAAAUGGUUCCAACCCUUACACCUUGAAGCUUUGCUUCUCUACUUCAUCCCAUUUAUAGAGAAGAGGACAGCAUGUUAAGAGCUACGUUCACCUUGACUUGCAAGUUUAAAACUACACUUCGUUCACAAAGCUCUAAGUGGUUGUUCUAAUGUUGCCUUGUUUCAACUUAAUUCUAGUAUCUUUUAUCUUGUUUUAUAAUAAAUGGGUUUCUUCAUAAAUACAAAACAGAUUUUUUUUCUUUUUGCCUCUGAGAAGUAUAUGUUGUAAGCUUACUACAAAGUUUGUAUUUUGUUAGUGUAGUAUCUUCAAAUGUCUAAAGAAGCACCAGUAGUAUAAACAAGAUUGU